AUGCGGAUCACGACUAUUGUCGCGGCGGCCAUUGCGGUCUCGGGCGCUUUCGCAAAGCCUCGGUUUGUCAUGUAUUUCGACCAAUGGCACAAGGACAACUUGCCUGAUCACUCCGUAACGGCGGGCGUCACCCACGUCACGACGGCUUUUGCCGACUCCAUCGUCUUCAACUCGGGCACCUGGUACGAGCCAUUCAUGGCGCCGGACCAGGUCCGCCUCCUCUUCGACAACGGCACCAAGCUCUGCCUGGCCGUCGGCGGCUGGGGACUGUCGGCCGGCUUCAGUGCGGCUGCAAAGACCAACGAGACGCGGCGGACAUACGCCCAGAACGUUGCUGCUACUGUUAAGAGACUGGGCUACAACUGUGUUGACAUUGACUGGGAGUACCCCGGUGGGAAUGGCGAGGACUACAAGCAAAUUCCCAACUCGGAGAAGGUCUGGGAGAUUGAAGCCUAUCCGCUGUUUCUCGAGGAGAUGAGGAAGGCCCUUCCAGAGAACAUUGAGCUGUCCAUUGCUGUGCCGGCGAGGGUUGAGGAUAUGAUUGCCUUUACGGCCGAGAACGUGGCCAGGAUUAACGGCAUUGUCGACUAUGUCAAUAUCAUGACCUACGACCUCAUGAACCGCCGCAUGAACGAAACCACUCACCACACGAGCGUCAACGGCUCUCUCGACUCGGUCAACACGUACGUCGAGCGCGGCCUGUCGCCCGAAAACAUCAACCUCGGCUUUGCCUUUUACGCCAAGUGGUUCAGCACCCAGUCCGGCUACCAGUGCACGACGCCCACCGGCUGCCCAACCGCGCUGCUCGAGAACGCCGACGGCAGCGACCCGCUCGUGUCCGGGGCCAUCACCUUUGAAGCGUCGACGUAUGCCGGCAAGCUCGAGCACGCCGUGGCCAAUGGCGUCGCGGACCAGGAACUGGGCGGGCAGUGGUGGUGGGACGCCAACCAGGAGGUGUUCUGGACCUGGGACACGGCCCUGUUCGUUGCUCGCAAGUUCUCGGAGAUUGUGGUGCCGAAGAAGCUGGGCGGCGUCUUUGCGUGGUCUCUGGCGCAGGACAGCUAUGAUUGGAGCCGGUUCAAGGCUCUGCAGGCGGGAGUGAGGGCGAUGGAGCAGCAGCGGGAAGAGUGA